CAUAACACAGUCAUCACCGAGUUUGUCAUCUUUUGUCAAAAUUUGUCUUUUGUGCCACAUACUCAAUCAAAAUUCGCAAUAUGUCUUCAGACAAAAAGCCAGAAAAAUGCCCUAAGAAAUCAAAUUUUCUAGUGUACCAGCAGCCAAGUGGGCAAAAACAGGAACGACCAGAAGGUUGCAAAAAACGAUUGAAAAUUCCAAUAUGUAAACCGAAACCAAAAAGAAUAAACAUAUGUACUGGUAAAGAGUUAAGGAAGAUGUGUGCCCCGCCAGUAUGUUUUAAGGAAGUAGAAGUAAAGAAGAGAUUUGGACUUCUAAAAUUCCUAGGUUUUGGAAUGAAAUCUGCAGUAGCUGCAGCACUGGUUUACAUUUCGUACGACAUGGGUAUAUGGGGCACCACAGAUGAAACCCAGGAAAUGUACAAUACCGCGUGUGCGAUGUUCAAGGGUCCUCGGCCGAAAAAAAAUACCAAAUGGGAUCCACCAUCCUGCGAAGCUGAGAGCGAUUUAUUUCAUCAAUCAAGCUACGAUCCGUACGGACACUGCGACUUGCCGCCAUUCAGAGCUGAGGAUAUUUCGUUGAAGUUUCAAAGGCUUUGGAACGGAGCUAUUUCAAACAUAUUUUCUGGAAUAGCCCAUUUUCCGAAAAACGUCAUAGACAAAUUGGGAGGAGGAUCAUCAUCCGCUAAAGGAGCAGCGGAAGAUGAAACGAACAAGAGCCCUGUUUGUGUAUCUUACAACAGCUUAGAUCCAGAAGAGAAAGAAAAGGUUAUGCCUAAAUACAAAUGAAUUAAACAUAAAAUUUAUAUCAACGCUAUUAAUUAUUUUUCUGUCAAUUCAGUGCUGAGGAUUUAAUAAAAA